CAUUUUUUAUUCAUCUCCAAGGAUGCCCAGGAAUUCGGUGAGGCACCCACAAACAAUUUCCAUAUUCCUCGCUCUUGGGGACACAUUCCGAGCAGGGGUGAUCCUGGGUUUACCCUCAAUGAGAUCGUAAGGGUUUGCAACCUUGGCCAAGCUGAGGCAGUUCCCUUCUCCACAUUG